AUGUCCUCUUCGAGCCUCAAUCAGAAUGUGCCGUACAAGCCAUAUACACCGAGGAGACAACGAUCAGCCCGACCAGAUCGACCUUUGCCCCCUCCUCCCCCACCCGACGAAGACAUAGGCGCCGUCAAUGCAUUGGAUCUUGCUCAAGGAUUCGCUUCUCCCCCUUCACCACCACUUCCUCACCCCACAUCAUCCCAGAGCAAAGACAAAGCCCUGCCUCGCCCGCCAGCUACUGCGCCUGUAGGGGGUGGGUUUGGAAGACAGAUUGAUUUUUCCCAACCGCCUUCUGAUGAUCAAGAUGGACAGAAUAUCGACUAUUCCCAACCACUCCAUACUGCACCUUUGCCGAAUGCUGGUGCCAGUAAUAUCAGUGGAGCUCAAUCUUCUGCGGCGCAUCUACAUCCUUAUCAUUCUACAUACCCCAUAUCAGCUUCCAAUCCUCCUACCACUCUUACACCCCUACGAGCCCAUUACUUGAAAAAGACGUUGGUCAACUUACAAGUGCAACACGAGCUCAACCUAAUCACUGAUCCCGUACUAGGUGCCAACGCAUUAGGAUUACUGGGCGAUCCAUUCGUCCUACCUGAAUCAGCCAAACAGGAAGCUUUACAGAAGAUUUCCGAAAACUCGAGACUGGAAGGUCGAUUAGGAGGGGAUUUACCAUUUCUGAGGUUCAUGUUCCAUCAAUUCCUCUUGCCAUUUCCAUUCCUUUCCACUGCACCUCCAACCUUCUGGUCAGGAAAGGUACAACCCUUUCUAUCUUCUUUCUUGGCUACUACUGGUGGGUCAUCUACGACGGCUUCAAGUUUGAGUGAAGAAGAAAGAGAAGUGAUGGAAAGCCUCAUGACGAAAGAAGAAAGAAAGGAGAUUUUGGAAAAGAAGAAAUUAUGGAAUAAGAUUGAAAAACAUACUUCAUUGAUGUUUGGAGUAGGAAUCAAGCUUAUCUCUGGCGAAGAGGUGGUUAGGAUAGGUCAGAAUGAAUUGAAUAGGUUGGAAGCUCUUCAACAGGAGCGUAGAAGGAAAUGGUUAGAAAGACAUCCACAAAAUCAAGGUGGACAAGGGUCGUUUGAUCCGACAGCUGGGUUCGAGGUGAAUGUAGUGGGUGUGAGGGUCGUCGUGGAAAAAGGAAGAGUGAGAAGUAGAUCCCAUGAGGAAUUUAUCAUCCGGACAAGGCGUAAUGGAGUGGCAGAUGUCUUUGUUUCAAGGCGGUAUGGUGAUUUCAAGAGAUUGGCAGACGAGCUUCGACUAGCUUUCCCAGAUUACCCAAUCCCACCACCACCUCCAAAAGACAAAUCCGUCACUGCAGCAGCUACCAGUCCGCCUCCGACAGCAGGAUACAGCUCUUACAACCCACUUCGUAUGAUAUAUGGCUCAGGUGGGAACGAUGGCGGUUCAUCAAGUGGAUAUAACACACCUCCAUCAUCUGCUGCUCCAGAUUCACCAUCUUCACCUACAACAAAUACCACGCCACUAUCAAGAGAGAAAAACCGAUUGACUCUCCGAGCUUACUUGAAUUCGAUACUGGCAUUACCGUUUAUAAUCAAUUCACCUGUACUGAGAUCAUUCCUUUUAUCUGCACCUACCACCCUGACUCCACCCGAAGCAGUAGACUGUCAAAGGCGGUUGGAGGCUGAUGCGGUCCGAGAAGAAGGUAGGAGGAGGUUCAGACUGGAAGCUGAGAAGCGGAUCGAAGCUCUCCGAGAAGGUCUAGCGCAAUUUAAAGGUGAUGUACUAAGUAAAGAAGGAGGGUUGAAAGGUGUCUUCGAAGUUGUACGAAGGGUUGAAAGGGUAGAGGAUCUACCUAGAGCUGAGGCUAGUGUGCUGGAAUGGGGAAGAAUAUCACUCGCAGCUACGAUCUUCCAGCUUUUCGUAGCUUCCGAUACUGCAUCUGAUACAUUGGCGCAAUUGAAGAGGCUACAUGGUCUGAUGCCUUAUUUCGUUUUGAAAGGUAUAUUGAAGAUAUCGAAUCCCAUGGCGAUGAUACGAGGUGUUUUGGAUCUCUUCCUUGCCAGACCGUUCGGUGGUCAAUCACUCAUCCAACGAAUGUUCUCUUCCUCACUCACCGAAGAUGUCCGCUUAUUGCAAGACGACAUCGAAGCUGUACAAGAGAAGAUCGAUGAUCCGGUUUUGUGUCAGAAAAUCGAACAGUAUGCCAAUGCUCCUUUCGAGAUCCAAGAGAUUUACAGAAAAGAUGCUGCCCAAGAACGCAUAGACCUACUGGUGACUAUCCUCCGAUCACCUGACAUGCCUUCAUUAUCCCGACCUCAGUUUCAGAGAGUCGCAAGGGCUACUCGAGCGUAUCAUGAGUACAAGUCUGCUCAAGCUGAACUGGACGAUUCGGAUGAUGAUCUCGGACCGGAUAGCGAAGAUGCUUGGUUGUAUGAGGAUCUGAGCGUGUUGUUGAAAUUGUGGACGAGGAAGAGGGAGAAAGAAGGUCUGCUAGCUUUGAUUUUUGAGGGUGUUACCGCUGAAUUACUCAAAGACAUCAUCACCAUCUUCUAUGCUCCCUUGGCUACCGUCUACAAAGCUGCUAGUAUCGCAGAUUCUUUAGGAGAUAUGCAAGCGUUCAUUAAUGAUAUGAUACGUACGGUGGAACAAGUGGAAGAACUAUCGCAAGAAGAUCCCCAACGAACUGUUCAAACAUUCAUCGACCUAGUCCAGCGGCACGAACAAUCCUUCUACACAUUCGUACACAACGUCCAUUCCAAGGGACAAGGUUUAUUCGACUCAUUGAUGUCAUGGAUCGAAUUGUUCCUCACCUAUGCUCGAACCGGUCUACCCCAACCAUUAGAUCUGGAAAUCAUCUUACCUGCUUCAGAAGAAGAGAGGAGAAUUGUAAUGAAAGAAGUCGAUUCAGUUGCUGAAUAUCAUUAUAAACUCAAAAUCGCUCACGAAGAGAAGAUUCGAAGGAGAUUUAGGUCUGCCGCUGCGACUGGUCCGGAAGCACCUGGGGUAGGGGAGGAUGAAGAAGCUGCGCUGUUGGAUAGUGUAAUGGCAAGUUUGAGUAUCGGUGAGACUGCUUUGGCGGAAGGUGGAGAGAUGGCUGAUGAAGAGUCUGAAGAAGAGGAUGAAGAGGAAGAAGAGGAGUUGGAAGAUAUAAGGAAUUUGAAUUUGAGAGUGGAAGAUCAAGAUGAGAGCGAAAGAUCUUCGUUGAACUCGGCUGGUUUCGCUGAAGAACCACAAAAUCCCGAUGAAGGUGGUAGUGGUAGUGGUACUAGGAGAAGGAAGAGCUCAGGAGGGCACAGAACAUCCCUUGAGAAAAUUAGAAAUUCAUUAGAUUUCAAACAUGCCUCCAAGGAGAAGGAAAAAGAACAGGACAAAGACAAAAGAGAUCCGGCGAACGAACCUGGCCGACCAGCUAGAUCACCUCAAAUACCUGACUCAGCUAUAUCACAAGGACAUGGAGGAAGAAGGAGAAAGAGGAAAGGAAGAAACGCAGAUUUGUUAUUGGUACCUCCUGAGACAAAGGCUAUAAAGGAAUUGAGACCUUUGUUCGUGGAGAUUCUACGUCCGAACUUGAGAGUAAGACCUAUAAAGUAA